AAAACUUAACCAACUUCACAAAAGGCGAGAGCAUAUAAUCAAAUCCAUAUUUAUUCAACACUUUUUAUAAUUUCGACAAUGUUAACUUUACCAAACAAACAUCAAAAUAAAAAUAGAGCGGAGUCAAAUCAAAACGAACAGAUGAGCAGUUUAUUGUCAACUUAUGGCAAAGUUAAAGUUGUGGGCCAUUAUAGCAAUUGCAUUAGGCGCUACGUUAUUAGCUUUUGUGAUUACUAUUCUACUAUAUAAGAUUAUUAAACGACGUAACAAAGUUUUAUUUACUUGGAUUGACAAGCUCGGCAUCCCUUUUGCAAAACCAGGACAACCAGAAAAUGAAAAUACAAAAACAGAACAAUUGAGACCUCGCAUUCAAGUUCCACUGAACCCAGCGAGAGUUUCUAAAGAAAACAAUGGCUUCGAAGAAAGCCAGAACGACUUUUCUGAACCCUCAAAUGAGAAAGGUGAAGAAGUCAAUCCUUUUAAAAGGUUAGAUCCACUAGGAAUCCCAAGAGCAAGAAGAGCAGAUGAUAACGUUCAAGGAAAGAAACCACCAACAAGUCCGUUACCAAGUCCGUUACCAGCUAUACUUGUUGAAGACAUUAAUAUAGAAGAAAAUGAAAUUCACAACAACUAGUGUUAGUAAACACAUAGAAAAAGUUGUCAAUCAAUAAAACUGUUGAUGCAAUUAAUUCUACCCAAAUCUCUUUUCGAUAAGAAAUAUGCAGGCUGAUAUUUUCUAAUUUAUAUUCAAAUUGCAUGACGACUUAACGACCACAAAGCAGUCAUGAAGGAUCCAAGAAAUAACUGUCAAAAUCUGCAAAUUGCUUUAACUAAACAUAAAGUUAAUUAAAAACUUUGUUUUUUAAAUUUAUUUAAUAAGGUGGUAAAA